GAUGACAGAGAGGAGGUGGAGAGGUUUCACGUGAGAAUGGAUGGAUGCGUGGGGAACUGAGGCCCUUCUUGACCCCGUUUUCGAGUUCUACAUCUUUGACAACUCGUGUACUACUGGUGGCCUCGGCAGAAGAGCCAUAAAGCCGGCGACGAGGUGGUGGAGAAAUAGAAUGGAUCUUUGACGACAACGAAUAAGCUUCCCACCCGAGGGCAGGCCACGCCUAGCUAUUAAAGAACCCAAUGCACUUGCGAUAAAGACCUCUUCCUACCGCUGCUGCUAUUUCUGCGACUUCUGCUCCCCUCUCACUUCCGUCUCCACUAGUUUUUGCAUCCUCCGCUCCUAUAUAUGUCUGUAUAUGCACAUGCCAGCACCGAUCCCAGAUUUCCUUGAACCCACUUCGCACGGUUCUGCUACUUAUUUGCUAUACGAUAGAUGAUGGAGGGCUCGACGAGGGGUCACCAGGUUCCAGCGUUUGGGUACUGGGAUCACCGUGAUGAACUCCCCAUCACCCGGUGCUUUGAGCUUGCAGUGCAGGCUGAGUGGAUCCGAGGCCAUUGUCGUAGCGAAGAUGGUGAUCUCUUUAAGGUGGCAGCCCCUGCAGAGACACCAGCUUGUUGUGAGCACCACCACAGAAAGGUGAAGAAGGGUGGCUGCAUAGGAAGAGAGAAGGAAGAGCUGCAGAAGAAGCAAGGGAGGGCUACAGCUCCCAAGGCCGUGGACGAGGACUUGUACAAGAUCCCACCUGAACUCCUCCACCACCAAAAGCCCAAGCGGGCGAGGAUGUUCAAGAAUCUGUGGUCGGGAUGUAUGGGACUCGACAGCGUUGCCUGAGAGGAUGUGAGGGUGCAUUCCAUUGCAUCGCAUGCGGAAAAGCUUCAGCACCGAAAGGGAUAUAUUAAUCCUCGAUGUUUCACUUGCUACUGUUGUCUCUUUCUCCUUUAGAUCACUGUGAUAGAUAUGAUGUAUCUUAUCUUCUCAGUAAGAAGCAUUUGUUUGGGUCUCC